AAUGGAUCAGCACCAACCUGUGAAACUUGUCUUUUCUCCUCAACAUCUUAUAUGUUGCAAGCGUCGACCGCACCCACGGGUACUCACAUGUACAGAUGAGCAGAAGACAUGCUAACGAUCCUCCCUCGUUGAACCUACGUCUUUGCGCGACUUGACUGCCGCACAUUCCUUACAUCCAUCGUUCCUCAGGCUAUUUGAUACCCCACACAUUUAUAAGAACAUUUACAGACUCCUAAGGGCGACGCCCAGCGAUUCUACUACGAGACCAUGAAGUACAGAUCUGAAUCAAUUGCCUGCCUGGGCCUCCUAUCCGCUGUCCUCUCCUCUCUACCUACGCCCGCCCUUGCCCAGGUCGGUGAUUGGCAAGAACCAUUACCAGGACAUAUAGAUCCUCUCAAAUACAAGGCUGCAUGUCCGGAUUAUACCCAUUAUGCUACGCGACCCCAUCCUCCACUCAGCGAUGGUCCCCUCGGACUUCCUUUCCAACGACCCCAUAAGUAUUGUCGGACAUUCGAGUCGCCGCUCGUCGAGAAGGUGAUAGAAGACUUCAACGAGAAGCUUCUGGACAAGGACCUCGCUCGUAUAUUCGAGAAUGCAUUCCCCAACACACUCGACACGACGGUCCGGUGGCACGUCGAUGGCACAGAGAAGCAAAAGCCGAAGCACAAGAUCAAGCAGACAUGGAGCGAGGAUGCUUGGAAGGGACCACAAAGUUUCAUUGUCACUGGAGAUAUCAACGCAGAAUGGCUGCGGGAUUCCACGAACCAGCUCGCCCAGUACCAAUCAUUGGCAAAGCAAGACAAGGCCAUUCACAACUUGAUUCUUGGAGCGAUCAACACACAGGCGGAGUACGUUAUCGGCUCUCCGUAUUGCAACGCCUUUCAACCUCCCGGACCCAGUGGCCUCCAGCCAACCUACCAGGGCGACGGAGACACCGUACAUCCUGCGUACGAGAACUCGUUCGUCUUCGAAUGCAAGUACGAACUAGAUUCUCUUGCCCAUUUCCUUCGACUUUCGAAUGAAUUCUACAAUCACACCGGCUCUACCGAGUUCAUCACUCACCGCUGGGGCAAAGCACUGAACACACUUAUCGAGACGCUCUCCGAGCAGUCUCGACCUACUUUCGAUCCAGAGACAGGUGCUUUGGACCACAACGAAUACUCCUUCCAGCGCCAGACCAACGCGGGCACCGAGACACUCAGUCUAGGAGGACGAGGCAACCCCCUCAACGCCGGCACCGGCCUUGUCCGCAGUGCCUUCCGCCCCAGCGACGAUGCCACCAUCCUCGGCUUCUUCAUCCCCGCCAACGCCAUGAUAAGCGUGGAACUCAAACGCUGCGCGGAAAUCCUCCACAAAUCCGGCAGCAAGAAACUCGCCUCAACCCUCCAAACCUGGGGCGAAACCAUCGCAGCCGGCGUCUGGGAGCACGGCGUCGUGCAGCACAAGACCUACGGCAAAGUCUUCGCCUUCGAAGUCGAUGGUUUCGGCUCCCACAUCAUCAUGGACGACGCUAACUUGCCCUCGCUCCUCGCGCUCCCCCUCCUAGGCUUCGUCUCCACAGACAACGAAGUCUACCAGAACACCCGCAAGAUGAUCCUCGCGAAGAACGGAAACCCUUACUACCUCAAGGGCCCCGCCUUCCACGGCAUCGGCGGCCCGCAUAUCGGGCUCCAGCACGCGUGGCCUAUGAGCGUUCUCACGCAGGCUAUGACUAGCGACAACGACGACGAGAUCGCGAAGUGUCUGAACCUCGUUAAGAACGUGAGCAAGAAUGGCUUGAUUCAUGAGAGUGUGAAUGUGGACUACGGGAGGGACUACACGAGGAGUUGGUUCGCGUGGGCUAACUCUGUGUUUGCGCAGACGAUACUAGAUCUAGCGGCUAGGAAACCCCAUCUGUUGUUCGGAGAGGGCGCAAAGCCGUAUGUGCUUGGUUGAUGAUGUAUGGGAUUAUGCUAUGUGUUUGGCGGCAUGUGUAUGAGAUAGAUAGAUGACCAAUUUCAAGCUCAG